AUGCGAGGAUUGGAGAUUAGUUUUAAUGUUAGUAAUUCCGAGUUGGUAGCUAUUUUAAGAAGUAUGGGAGAUAUGGUGCGGUGGCCUAAAGAAAUGAAAUCAAACCCGAUCAAAAGAAAUCCAGAUUUCUGGUGUGAAUUUCACAACGAUCAUGGACAUAAAAUAACAGAUUGUAGGUUAUUACAAAGCGAAGUUGAUCAUUUGUUGAAGCAGGGUUAUUUAACUGACUUGUUCAGUGAUAAAGGUAGGCAAUCAUAUAUGAAGAAUAGACAAGAGCCUCCGAAACCUCCGUCUCCAAAUAGAACAGUCAAUGUGAUAAGUGGGGGAGAUGAGGUCAAUGUUGUGACAUAUACAACUGCAAAAAAGACGUCAAAACUCACGGUUACUCAUGGAAAGCGAAUUCGCCGCGUUUUGGAUGAAGACAGUAUAACAUUUGAUGAUGCAGAUGCGGAUGGUAGCUCCGUAAAUAUUAUUCUGCUAAGGGUGGUGAAUGAAAUGCAAGUUAGUGACAAGGUGGUACCAAAGGCACGAUCUUUGUCUGGAUUUGAUAAUUCAAGUGUUAUCACAAAAAGGGAAAUAGUUCUUACCACAUUUGAAGAGGGAGUUAUCAAGGAUACAAAAUUACAGGUGAUAGAUGCUGAUAUGGCCUAUAAUAUGAUUCUUGGAAGGCCAUGUAUUCAAGAUAUGGACGAUGUAUCGUCUACAUUGUAUCAAGUUAUUAAGUUUCCUUCACAAUGGGGGAUUCGACAAAUUCGUGGAGAUCAGCAGGCCUCUAAAAGUAUCAAUUCAGUGGCAAAUUCAAGCACAUCGAAUAAUGUGGCAGAUGAGAAAUAG